AUGUUGUUACACAUCUCUAACAGUGUUGUCAGAAUCGGACCGAACUGUCCGGUCGGAUCGGAAAACCGAGAGUGUGAGAAAGACAGAGACCCAUUCAGCCAGCGCGGCAGCGCCAUCUCACCUAGCUCACCGUCGUCGCUGGAGGCAACCACACCAGUGCGCCACUUACCACAGCCAAGAAGCACCUCCAUCGAAGAUUCAAGUCGACUCCUGCUAUUACUACUGCUCGUCGCCUACUGCCUCCUGCUCGUCAGUCGUCACCUUCGGUCUCCCUCUUCUCUGCUCGUCCCUCCAUCCCUCCAGGAGCUGGUAAAUUAUGCAAUUGAUAAGGCUAGAACUAUGCUUGAUGAUGGUAACAAGGAGAAGAAAGAAACUGAUUUGCUUGUGGAGUAUCUUACUGAAGCUAAGCUUGUUUUUUAUCCCAUUAUAGCUAAGACUGGUUAGUUUUGUUUAGAUCUUUCCUUUGUUGAACUUUUAAUUUUGCUUGUGAUGCAAAUCUUUGUGAUAUAAAUUAUCUAAAGGAGAUUGGUCAUUGAGAGUUGAAAUUUGAAUUUCGUGGACAGAUCUUGUGAACUUUGAAUGUGGUAAAUGCUAAUUCAAUAUCACAAUUUGGUGUUGUUUAUGUUCA